GAGAGUUUACUUGAAGACCGAGCAUGGUUGUAUUUUCCACGCAAAAUUAUACAACGCAGACACCUACACUUAUUUUGGAUGCAAAACUUGGCAAGCACUUUGCAAGACUUAUGCAUUUGAGCCUGAUAUGGUUAUCACCUUUGAUAUUCGUCCGGAAGAUGAUAUUGAAGGUAAUAUCGACAUCUGGGUCGAUGUGCAGACACCUCCAGUUAUACCAUUAUCUUAUUUCUGUUCAAGCAAACAUGUCCAGCGCUUGGUAGACAGGACGUACUACUGUCCCUGGGCUAAACUAAACUGCGAGGAGAUAAGUCAUUAUGUUUCAUGGCUUAAGGAUCUUCAUACUGUCAAGACAAAUUAUUUUUCUGGACUUAAAAGUCUUAGUACUCAGAACGUGCGACCAAUAGUGUUCAUACUGAACUACGGUCACAUCUAUUUAGGAAAGAUGGGAGUCCUGAUGAAUCUUGUGCUAGCGGAUUAG